AGCGUUUCUUAUAAUACUCAUUGCUCUGCAUUUCUGUCGCACGCCUCCAAUACAUCAAAAUACCCACUAUCAAACCUAAAAUCAACAACCGCGCAAUCUACAACAUGUCUACUCAUCGCAGCGCCUCACUAGGCCCCGACGCAGACCCCAGAACCCCACCGCAGUUUGUCCCUAAGCGCACUGUCUCUACCGAGCCGAAAUCUGAGUACCUGAGAGGGGUGCUUGAGUCGAGGCGCCCUAAGGGUUCGCUGACGCCUUCGCCUGCCCCGCCGACGGUAGCGGAGUCGCCGUCAGAUUCGGAUGAUGACUGGACGCCGAGUGAUGAGGAUGAGAAGCGCCAGACUUUGAACCGUCAUCUUCGCCGUUUGUCAAUGGAUGCCCCGCUUGAUAUCAAGACACCCCACCGACAGAAAACUCGCGCGGAACUGGCGCAAGAUAAAGACAAGAUGGAGAAGAACGGCUUUGCAAUCGGCCUACGCAUCGUCCUGUUGGAGGAGCAAAACGCCAAAUACGCAAAAGAGUUGGAGGAGGCUCGCGAGCGCCUCGAGGAGCUCGAAGGCGUCAAAGAAGACAACCGCGAGCUUCGCGAGGAGCGAGAUAUGAUGGAGCUAAGACUUCAGAAUGUGGACACUCUACUCGCUGGAAAGGAUGACGAUAUCGCGGAACUCACUGCAAUCAACGACGAGACUAUCAAAGAGAUGGAGAAGCGGGAUGCUGGUCUUGAAGAAGCAGCUGAUAUGAUCCUUUCCCUUGAGGAGGAGAAUACCGCUUUACGCCAACAACUCGAGAGCUCUAGGUCUGUCACUGUUGUUAACAGCAGCGACUACUUCAGUAUGGACGGUGAAAAGAUGCUUACAGGUCGUACAUCUCUCGCCAGCAUUGCAGAGUCCAAAUUGUCCUCGUCUGAGAACCACUCCGAUUACUACAGCCAGCCAGGAUCUCCCCAGGUAAAGCCAUCGAAGACUCCGUCCCCCAAGAAGCCAGCCAGGCCAGCUUCCUCGAGGAUCCAAAACAUGAUCUACAAUAACUCGAAGGGUCACGGCUCGGUCUCCGAACUCCGCAAGCGAAUCUCUCAUGUAUCUCUCACGGACAAAGACUCUGUCCACUCGGCCCCAGACUAUGCACCCUCCGCUAUUUCCACCGUCCCUAGUCUCCCAAACAUCAAGCCACCAGGUCCUCGGCGCCCCGUCAACCGCGCCGAACCCCACCUCAACACCUCCCUAUCUGCCGAAACCAUUCAACAAGAGCGCUCACCGCGAAAAAGCUCCCUCUACCCCAACUCUCUCGCUCUCCGCGACCGCUUUCACAAAGAUCAAACCGCGUCACGAAUCCCCCAAUCCCCAUCAACCACCCACCGCGACUCCGGUAUCCCCACCCCCGUGCUAGAGCAAGAAUCCUACAAAGGCAUGGUCCCUCCGCGAGGUAGUAGCAAAGCCUUCGCCCGCCGUAACAGCUCUGUCGACCAAGACCCGGCUGAAGAGUCUCCUGAUUUGCCACAAUCGUCCGUUCAGUCUUCGCCGGAGAGCACAGAGACAGAGUUCACGCAGCCGAACCAGCAGAACUGGUGGGAAGGCUACCAGCGCUUUACGGCGAAACAGAAUCCAGCGUUACCAAGACCGGCGGUGACGCGGACCAACACGGCGCCGAAUUUAUUCAAUCCAGCAGAAGAUGAGGAGGAGUUUAUGGAGAGGAUGAAGGGGGUUGGUGGGAGGCGGAGGUAAGGUAUUGGGGAGGGCAUCUGAUUUUGAUUUGGAGUUUUAUGGCAUGGCGUAUCUGGCCAAAAUCUCGGAAGGGAUCGAGAAAUGGCGUAUGGUGCAUUUGCAUGGGCUCUUCCAUGGAAGGGAUGCGGUGUAUUACUACGUUCGUGAGCUUUCUGAU